GGCGGGUCAGCGCGCCGGCGCAGUGCUGCGGUCACAGGCUGAGUGCUGCGGCGCGAUCCUCGCUUCCCUGAGUGUUGGCCCGGGAGGAAAGAAGAUGGUGCUGGAUCUGGAUUUGUUUCGGGUGGAUAAAGGAGGGGACCCAGCCCUCAUCCGAGAGACGCAGGAGAAGCGCUUCAAGGACCCGGGACUAGUGGACCAGCUGGUGAAGGCAGACAGCGAGUGGCGACGAUGUAGAUUUCGGGCAGACAACUUGAACAAGCUGAAGAACCUAUGCAGCAAGACAAUCGGAGAGAAAAUGAAGAAAAAAGAGCCAGUGGAAGAUGAUGAGUCUGUCCCAGAGAAUGUGUUGAAUUUCGAUGACCUUACUGCAGAUGCUUUAGCUAACCUGAAAGUCUCACAAAUCAAAAAAGUCCGACUCCUCAUUGACGAAGCCAUCCUGAAGUGUGACGCGGAGCGGAUAAAGCUGGAAGCAGAGCGAUUUGAGAACCUUCGAGAGAUUGGGAACCUUCUGCACCCUUCUGUGCCCAUCAGUAACGAUGAGGAUGCGGACAACAAAGUAGAGAGGAUUUGGGGGGAUUGUACGGUCAGGAAGAAGUACUCUCAUGUGGACCUGGUGGUGAUGGUAGAUGGCUUUGAAGGCGAAAAGGGGGCCGUGGUGGCUGGGAGUCGAGGGUACUUCUUGAAGGGAGUCCUGGUGUUCCUGGAACAGGCUCUCAUCCAGUAUGCCCUUCGCACCUUGGGAAGUCGGGGCUACACUCCCAUUUAUACCCCCUUUUUCAUGAGGAAGGAGGUCAUGCAGGAGGUGGCACAGCUCAGCCAGUUUGAUGAAGAACUUUAUAAGGUGAUUGGCAAAGGCAGUGAAAAGUCUGAUGACAACUCCUAUGAUGAGAAGUACCUGAUUGCCACCUCAGAGCAGCCCAUCGCUGCCCUGCACCGGGAUGAGUGGCUCCGGCCGGAGGACCUGCCCAUCAAGUAUGCUGGCCUGUCUACCUGCUUCCGUCAGGAGGUGGGCUCCCAUGGCCGUGACACCCGUGGCAUCUUCCGAGUCCAUCAGUUUGAGAAGAUUGAACAGUUUGUGUACUCGUCACCGCAUGACAACAAGUCGUGGGAGAUGUUUGAAGAGAUGAUUACCACCGCAGAGGAGUUCUACCAGUCCCUGGGCAUUCCUUACCACAUCGUGAAUAUUGUCUCAGGUUCUUUGAAUCAUGCUGCCAGUAAGAAGCUUGACCUGGAGGCCUGGUUUCCGGGCUCAGGAGCCUUCCGUGAGUUGGUCUCCUGUUCUAAUUGCACGGAUUACCAGGCUCGCCGGCUUCGAAUCCGAUAUGGGCAAACCAAGAAGAUGAUGGACAAGAGAAAGAAUAAUCUCCAUUUAUCUACACAGAACAAGUUGGAGGCUUCCCUCUUCUCACCCAAGAAGGUGGAGUUUGUCCAUAUGCUCAAUGCUACCAUGUGCGCCACUACCCGUACCAUCUGCGCCAUCCUGGAGAACUACCAGACAGAGAAGGGCAUCACUGUGCCUGAGAAAUUGAAGGAGUUCAUGCCGCCAGGACUGCAAGAACUGAUCCCCUUUGUGAAGCCUGCACCCAUUGACCAGGAGCCAUCCAAGAAGCAGAAGAAGCAACAUGAGGGCAGCAAAAAGAAAGCGGCAGCAAGAGACGUCCCCCUAGAAAGCAGGCUGCAGAACAUGGAGGUCACCGAUGCCUGAACAUUCCUGCGUCCCUGUUUGCUUUCAUUUCUGUCCGCUGAGAUCUCAGAGCCUGCCCAACAGCAGGGAAGCCAAGCACCCAUUCAUCGCCCUGCCCCCAUCUGACUGUGUAGCUGAGAGGGGAGCAGUGCCGUGUACCACACAGAUGUUCCUGUCUCCUUGCAUGGGCAUAGGAACCCAUCACUGAUGACUGAUGAAACCAUGCAAUAAAGCAUCUCUGGGGAGGGCUUAGGACUCUUCCUCAGUCUUCUUCCUGGGGCUUGAACCCCACCUCUGACGGUUCUCCCUGAUACACACUUCUGCUUUUCCUUCCAAAUUAGGCUGUCCCUCCAGUUAGCAAGUCACAGAGCCUUUGAACAGGUAGGUGAAGGGAGGGGUACACUUAGAAAAGGCUCAAGGGGCAGGUGGAAAAUGGAGUCUGAAUCACACAAGCUUGCAGGGCAAGGGCCAGGAUCUUCCUUUACAAAUAUGUUCCUGCUUGAAAUCAUUGAGGUAGGACUGGCUUAGAGCUAGAACUGUUUUAAACGCCUCUUAGCACUUCUGAUCCCUACAAAGGACGCUGGAAAGGGAGAGGCUGUAUUUAAUCCAGAAGACCCCCUAGCUUCUACCCCUAGCACAGGUUGGGGACUUAUUAACAGCAGUUUCUCUUGUUACAGCCACCCCUACAUGGGGAGACCAACUGCAUACCAUCUUGCUGCUGCACCUCCAAAGGACUGAGAUAGCCAGCAGGGCAGACGAGAGGAGAAAAAUGUUGUAGUCCCUUUGUGGAGCUCCCACUGUUGCCCUAAUAGCCAGUUCCUUUCGCAGGG